ACAGAGGAAAAAAUGUGCUCAUACGUACGUGAGAAUUUUUAUAUAAUCUAUGCUAUUAAUAAUAAUAAUACUAAUACUAACAAUUAACAAUAACAUAUUAUAUUAUAAUUUACAGUGUAAUAUAUAACAUUCUGAACACUCUUCACACACAAACACACACACUUAUGUUCCCACUUUCUUUCGUUACUAUUAUAAUCACUUAUAUCAAUGUACUUCUUUUCUAAGUAGACAUUUAGAUACACGCAUAGAUAUACUGAGGACUACUCAAAACGCUUGAAAUUCACAUGCUCACUGAAAGAGAGGCAAAAACAGUACGCCUAUACAACAUGUAUACUCACAUAACAAUAUUAAACAUAAGGACAGUGAAUGAAUGAAGGAAUGAGAGCGUGAAUGACCUAUAACUACCCAAUAGUAUAAUAUAUAUCAGUAUUAAUACUCUAUAUUACUUCACAUACAAAUAUAUAAAUAAAGAUAACCCUGUUGAAUACAUAUAUAACUAAAUAUAAGUAGAACUCAGCAUCGUUGACAUCGCCAUCAUCAUCAGCCUAUGUUACUGAACUCAAAAUUCAGUCGAAUAAAUUUGCGGCAUUGAAGAGUUCUUUUUUGAACAUAUUUAACUGUUGUGAUUGUCCAAGAAUGCAUGCUAAGUGUAAUAAAGAAAUUGCUCAACAUCAACAAUUGAUAGCUGAAUUACAAGAACAGCUGUCAAAUAAAAAUAAACGGAUCACAGAAUUAACAAGUUUACUGGAUAAAUAUCAAAGUGUAUUCAGUUUAUCGAGUUCCCUGUCGACACCGACAACUGUUGUUAAAAGUCAACAGCAGCAACAACAGCAACAACAACAGCAACAGAUCGAUAACAAUGAAGUAUUUGGUUUCGGUGGGAAUGUUUCAGUGCAUCAGAAUGAAUUAACUGUACAAACAAGAAAACGUGGUAUCGGGAUAUCCGCUGAACCGCAGAAUGAAGACGAGAUUCAAUCGAAAGAGCUUAUAUCCCAUCCGAAAUCUGAAGAUGUUCGUAAACUGCUAAGAGUUGCAAUUAUGGAGAAUGAUUUUAUGAAUCAUAUUGCGUCGACUCAAUUAACUGAACUAAUUGAUUGUAUGUACAGUAUCGACUUCACAGCUGAUGAAAUGAUUAUCAAUGAAGGGGAUUUUGGUUCAUUGGUGUAUGUUUUAGCAGAGGGAAAAUUGGAAAUAUCUAAAGACGGUCGAAAAUUACGAGUUUUAGAUCGUCCAACAGUAUUGGGUGAAUUGGCUGUUUUGUAUAACUGUACACGAACAGCAAGUGUUAAAGCUCUUACUAAUGGGACACUGUGGGCAAUUGACAGAGCAUCCUUUCAAACUAUUCUGAUGAGAAAUCAUUUACAAAAGCGUAAUGAUUAUACGACAUUUCUUAAAAGUGUCCCAAUAUUCAGUGGUCUACCAGAUGGUACAAUAUCAAAACUGGCUGAUCAAUUGAAUGAAAUCACUUAUCGUCCAAAUGAAUAUAUUAUACGUCAAGGUGCUCGAGGCGAUAACUUCUACAUCAUAGCUGAUGGUCAUGUAAAAGUGACAAUAUAUCCUACAUUGGAAAAUGGUACAAUUGAUCGAUCAAAUGAACCACAAUUUGUUCGUACCCUGGGAAGAGGUGAAUGGUUCGGAGAGAAAGCAUUAGCUGGUGACAAUUUACGCACAGCCAAUAUUAUUGCAGCUGGUGAUGGUGCAGUGACCUGUCUUGCUCUAGAUCUUGAAUCAUACAAUCUACUGCUAGGUGAUUUAGAGGGGUUGAAGAGACGCUAUUCAAAAGAAAAAGUAGUAGAGGAUAAACUAGGCGAAUUUAAACCAGAAUUUCAGAAUUUACCGUUAGAAAAGCUACAAAUCAUUUCUACUCUAGGCUCAGGUGGAUUUGGACGAGUUGAACUAGUAUGUAUAGGUGAUGAUAAAACAAAAACUUAUGCUUUAAAAAAGAUGAAAAAACAGCAUAUAGUUGAAACUAAACAAGAAGAGCACGUGAUGAAUGAACGUAAUAUCAUGUUACAAACUGACUCCGAUUUCAUUGUACGAUUGUGUAAAACAUUCAGAGAUAGAAAGUAUCUUUAUCUUCUGCUUGAAGUAUGUCUGGGCGGUGAACUUUGGUCACUUUUAAAGGAUAAAUACUUCUUUACAGAACAAGCAACACAAUUCUAUCUGGCGUGUGUUGUUGAAGGAUUGGAUUAUUUACACAGGAAAAAUAUUAUCUAUCGUGAUUUGAAACCAGAAAAUAUAAUGCUUGAUACGCAAGGUUACUGUAAACUAACUGAUCUUGGAUUUGCUAAACACUUACCAUAUGGAGCUAAAACAUGGACAUUCUGUGGGACACCAGAAUACAUGGCACCAGAAGUUAUACUGAAUAAAGGACACGAUUCUGCUGUAGACCAUUGGUCAUUAGGAGUGUUAUUGUUUGAAUUAUUGACAGGGCUGCCACCAUUUGAGUCACCAGACACAAUGCGUACAUAUGGAAUUAUAUUGAAAGGGAUAGAUGCUGUUAAAUUUCCUACAAGAAUGUCUAAAAAUGCCCAGUGUUUAGUGAAAAAACUAUGUCGUGAAAAUCCAACUGAACGAUAUGGUGUAGGAAAAGGUGGACUACGUGAAAUUGAGAAACAUGUUUGGUUUGAAGGUUUUGAUUGGGUUGGAUUACGUAAACGUGCACUGAAAGCUCCUCAUGAAAGACAGGUAUUAUCACAAAGUGAUCUACGACAUUUUGAUACAUAUCCGGAAGACAGUGAAGAGCCUGAAGAUGAAACAUCUGGUUGGGAUGAACUCUUCUAG